AUGGCGUCAGACGAGAAGGAUGACAAGCCGAUCAAAACUCUGACGGCGGAGGACAUCCGGCUGCUGAAGACGUAUGGCGCCGGCCCCUACUCCAGCAAGAUCAAGAAGCUGGAGGGCGACAUCAAGGAGAUUGCCAAGAAGGUCAACGAGGUGUCUGGGGUGAAGGAGAGCGACACAGGGCUGGCGCAUCCGUCUCGCUGGGACCUCGUCUCUGACAAGCAGGCGCAGCAGGAGGAGCACCCGCUGCAGGUGGCGCGGUGCACCAAGAUCAUCAGCCCCAACACCGACGAUGCCAAGUAUGUGAUCAACAUCAAACAGAUUGCUAAGUUUGUGGUGGGGCUGGGAGAGAAGGUGGCCCCCACCGACAUUGAGGAGGGAAUGCGGGUGGGGGUGGACCGGCAGAAGUAUCAGAUCCAGAUCCCGCUGCCCCCCAAGAUCGACGCCAGCGUGACGAUGAUGACGGUGGAGGAGAAGCCCGACGUCACAUACUCCGACAUCGGCGGCUGCAAGGAGCAGAUCGACAAGAUGCGGGAGGUGGUGGAGCUGCCCAUGCUGCACCCCGAGAAAUUUGUGGCGCUUGGCAUCGACCCGCCCAAGGGCGUGCUGCUGUACGGCCCGCCGGGCACAGGCAAGACGCUGCUGGCGCGGGCGGUGGCCAACCGCACCGACGCCUGCUUCAUCCGGGUGAUCGGCUCGGAGCUGGUGCAGAAGUAUGUGGGAGAGGGGGCGCGCAUGGUGCGAGAGCUGUUCCAGAUGGCUCGCGCCAAGAAGGCCUGCAUCAUCUUCUUCGACGAGGUGGACGCCAUCGGCGGCGCGCGGCACGACGACGCCAGCGGCGACAGCGAGGUGCAGCGCACGAUGCUGGAGAUUGUGAACCAGCUGGACGGCUUUGAUGCGCGCGGCAACAUCAAGGUGCUCAUGGCCACCAACCGACCAGAUACCCUAGACCCCGCCUUGCUGCGGCCUGGCCGCCUGGACCGCAAGGUCGAGUUUGGGCUGCCAGACCUCGAGUCGCGCACGCAGAUCUUCAAGAUCCACACCCAGGCGAUGAGCAUUGAGCGGGACAUCAGGUUUGAGCUGCUGGCGCGCCUGUGCCCCAACUCCACAGGGGCCGACAUCCGCAGCGUGGCCACUGAGGCGGGCAUGUAUGCGAUCCGGGCGCGGCGCAAGACUGUGACUGAGAAGGACUUUUUGGAUGCGGUGAACAAGGUCAUCAAGGGGUACCAGAAGUUCAGCGCCACCCCCAAGUACAUGGUGUACAACUAGGCAGUACAUCAGGCAGUACAUCAGGCAGUACAUGCUCGCAGCGCAGGGCUUCCGCCUGGCGCUCGGCGCCUGGCGCUGCGCGGCAGCCUCGGCGAGGUGCCCGCCGUGUGGGGGCUGCCGCUCACCUCACUGUAACAUCAGCAGCACC